AAAAAAACAGGUCACCAUUGCGUGUCACACUCGUUGAGCGUAAAAUAAUCAUGGUAGAUUUGUGGACUGUUUUUCUUGCCUCUGUGGUUAUUAUUUUGUACGUGUGGUGGAGGAAAACCUCUCGAGACUCCUCCUUACCCCCGGGUCCACCCACGAUUCCUUUCCUGGGAAAUAUACUCUCUCUUUCUCCUGAUGCUGUUUUAGAGAAUUACAUGUCAUACAGAAAGAAGUAUGGAGACGUUUUCAGCUUGAUUACAGGAACCAAAACAUUAGUUGUUGUAAACGGACUGGACACCAUUCGGGAUAUUUUUAUUAAGCAUGGGGACGUCGUUUCCGAAAGGCCAGAUCUUUUUGCAGUUAAAGAAAUAAUGAAAUAUAAAGGUAUCAUCCUUACCUCGGGUGAAUUUUGGAAGGAACAUAGAACAUUCAGUCUAAAUGCUCUCCGAGAGUUUGGAUUUGGAAAACGAAGCUUGGAAUCGAAAAUAUUGGAGGAAGUGGAUGUUUUUGUCCAAGAAGUUCAGUCAAAAAAUGAACAACCAUUCGAUAUGCAAGCGUUGAUAACUGUGUGUGUCUCAAAUAUCAUGUGUUCUAUUAACUUUGGUGAAAGAUUUGAACAUAGCGACAAAUACUUUACGUUGCUCAUCAAAUUAAUCAAUGAAAACGUAAGCAACGGAAACAUAAUGAUUCUAGGAAGCAUUCUUCCAUUUUUGAGGUAUGUGCCGGGUGAUCCAUUAAAGCUUAAGAAGGUAUUGAAGAAUGUUGAUUUGGUGGAAGAACACCUCUAUAAAAUUGUCAUUGAUCACAAAGAAAGUUUUGAUGAAAACAAUCUCAGAGACUUCAUCGAUGCAUAUUUGAAGAAGAUGAAAUCGGAAAAGAGCAAUCCAAACACAACUUUUGACGAUGAACAGUUAGUAAAGCUUUUGCUAGAUUUAUUUGCUGCUGGAACAGAAACGACAUCUACAGCUCUUAGAUGGUUUGCUGUUUUUAUGAUCAGAAACCCGGAAGUGCAAGAAACGAUGCGCAAAGAAAUCAAUGACGUCAUAGGAAAUAGCAGGUACCCAACAAUGGACGACAGACCAAAUCUUCCGUACACAGAGGCAGUUCUGCACGAGGUUCUUCGUUUUGGAUGUGUGGUGCCUUUAUCUCUUCCCCAUGGAUUAAAUAGUGAAUUAAAAUACAAAGAAUUUAUAAUUCCGAAAGAUGCCAUUUUAGUACCUAAUCUCUAUUCUGUCUCUUUUGACCCAUGCGUGUUUAAAGAUCCGAAAGUCUUUCGACCAGAGAGGUUUUUAGAUGAUGACGGAAGACUUAUAAAUACUGAUAAAGUCUUGGCAUUCUCAGUUGGUCGUCGUGUUUGCCUUGGUGAAUCCUUGGCCAGGAUGGAGUUGUUUCUGUUUGCUUCAUCUAUAGUACAGCGAUUUAGAAUCCUUCCUGCUGAUCCCCAACAGAUACCACCACUAAAGGGGGUUCUCGGGAUAACUUAUGGUCCAAAAGACGUCUUACUGAAGGCCCAAGGUGUCUAGUUGUGGAAUUUCU